AUGCUGCGCUCCUUUCGUUCGUGCGGCGCACGCAUCGCACCGCCGCCUCUGACGCGGCAUUGGGCGGUUGCGCCGCCGCUGACCCGCCGCUGGGCGUCGACCGGCGCGAUGGCGACGCCACCGCCAGCGCGACCGGGGUGGCGGCCCAUCAAAAAAGUGAGUAUGGUUCGAACUUCGGGUGGCGCGCUGUUGCUCUGCAAGCGCGAGCCGUCGCCUGAGCGCCCUGCCCACUCCCGCGCCGCGCAAGCGUCGGCCUGGCAGCCCCAGUGCGCCGCUCCCUCGCCUGCUCAGAUGGACAUCAAGACGGUCGCCAUCUACUCCAAGGAGGACUUUAACUCGGUGCACAGGACCAAGGCGGACGAGGCCUUUCUGGUGGGGCAGGACAAGUCGCCUGUCGGCGCAUACCUGUCGGCGGAGGAGAUUGAGAACAACGUCGACGCCAUCCACCCAGGCGCGCGACAAGACCAGGCGCCGGCCCGGAACACGCGCUUCGUCGAGCUGUGCGAGCAGGCGGGCAUCACCUUCAUCGGCCCUCCCUCGCAAGUCAUUCAGCGCUUCGGCGAUAAGACGGAGGCGCGGCAGCUGGCUGAGGAGUUCGGCGUGCCGGUGGUGCCAGGGACGCAGCACUCCGUCGAGACGGUCGAGGAGGCGCGCGACUUCUGCCAGUCCAUCGGCUACCCCGUCAUCUGCAAGGCUGCCUUCGGCGGCGGCGGGCGGGGCAUGCGGAUCGUGCGCUCGGAGGACGAGCUGGAGACCAACUUCCUCUCGGCGUCGCGCGAGGCGACGACGGCCUUCGGCAACGGCGCGAUGUUCAUCGAGCGGUACGUCGAGUCGCCGCGCCACGUCGAGAUCCAGAUCAUCGCCGACGGCACCAACGCCACCCACCUCUUCGAGCGCGACUGCUCCGUCCAGCGGCGCCACCAGAAGAUCGUCGAGGUUGCGCCGUCGAUCGGGCUGCCCGAGUCGCUGCGCGAGUCGCUGUACGCCGACGCGAUCCGCAUCACCAAGGGUGCCGGCUACUUCUGCGCUGGCACCGUUGAGUUCCUCGUCGACCGGAAGACGAUUCAAGUGGAGCACACCGUGACGGAGGUAAUUACCGGCGUCGACCUUGUCCAGAUCGCUGCGGGGCAGAAGCUGCACGAGAUCGGGCUGUCGCAGGAGGACGUCGCGAUGAGGGGCUUCGCCAUCCAAGCUCGCGUGACCACGGAGGACCCGGCCGAGGACUUCCGGCCCGAUACGGCGCGCCUGUCUGCUAUAGCCGCAGCCACUCCCAGCUGCUCGGGACGCAUCCAGGUGUGGCGGCCGGCCGAGGGGUUCGGGAUCCGGCUCGACGGCGGCAACGCCUACCCGGGCGCUCGCGUGCUCGCGCACUACGACUCGAUGCUGAUGAAGACCAACAUCCCGUUCAUCCUCAACGUGCUCAAGCACCCCGACUUCGUCUCGGGGCAUGCCACGACUUCGUUCAUCGGAGACAACCCGCAGCUCCUCGACUUCACCGACGCGCGCGACCGCGGCCAGAAGCAAUACUUAGAGAGCAGCUCACCGAGAGUGCUGACUGAGGAGGGGCCCGAGGGGUUCGCAAAGGCGGUGCGGCAGAGCCAGGGUCUGCUGCUGACCGACACCACCUGGCGCGACGCGCACCAGUCGUUGCUCGCAACUCGCGUGCGCACCCGGGACAUCCUCGCCAUCGCGCCGCUCACGUCGCACGUGCUCGGAAAGUGCUACUCGCUGGAGAACUGGGGCGGCGCCACCUUCGACGUCUGCCUCCGCUUCCUGCGCGAGUGCCCGUGGGAGCGCCUCCAGCAGAUGCGAGAGGACGUGCCGAACGUGCCCUUCCAGAUGCUGCUGCGCGGCGCCAACGGGGUCGGCUACACCAAUUACCCGGACAACGCCGUCUUCAAGUUUUGCGACGUCGCCGUCAAGAACGGCAUGGACGUCUUCCGGGUCUUCGACUCGCUCAACUACAUGGACAACCUCAAGCUGGGCGUGGACGCCGUCGGCGCGGCGGGCGGCGUCGUCGAGGCGGCGAUCUCGUACACGGGCGACAUCUCCGACCCGAGCAAGGCCAAGUACACCUUAGACUACUACCUCGACCUCGCGCGGCAGCUCGUCGAGUGCCACAUCCACGUGCUCUGCAUCAAGGACAUGGCGGGCCUGCUCAAGCCCGCCGCCGCGACCACGCUCAUCUCGGCGCUGCGCAAGGAGUUCCCAAACUUGCCGAUCCACGUGCACACCCACGACACUGCGGGCACCGGCGUCGCCUCUAUGCUCGCUUGCUCGGCGGCGGGAGCCGAUGCGGUCGACUGUGCGGUCGACUCGAUGUCCGGCAUGACCAGCCAGCCAUCGAUGGGCUCCUUGGUCGCGGCGCUGCAGAACGGGGAGCGCGACACGGGCGUCGAGCUGCAGGAGCUGUCCAAGCUGAUCGAGUACUGGGAGACGGUGCGCUUCUCGUACGCCGCCUUCGAGUCGGGGCAGAAGAGCGGCUCGUCCGAGGUGUACGACCACGAGAUGCCGGGCGGGCAGUACACGAAUCUGCAGUUCCAAUCCACCUCGCUCGGGCUGGCCGACCAGUGGUCUCAGGUCAAGCGCAACUACGCCGCCGCCAACCGGCUGCUCGGCGACAUCGUCAAGGUCACGCCGUCGUCCAAGGUGGUGGGCGACCUCGCGCAGUUCAUGGCGGCCAAUGGCCUGGACGAGGAGGGGGUGCGCGCGCAGGCGGAGACGCUCUCGUUCCCCUCCAGCGUGGUGGAGUACUUCCAGGGAGCGAUCGGCAUCCCCCACGGCGGCUUCCCGCAGCCGAUGCAGGCUCAGGUGGUCAAGGAGCUGCCCGUCUUUGCGGGCCGGCCGGGCGCGGAGCUGCCGCCGCUGGAUUUGGACGCGUCCAUGGCGGCUCUCAAGGCCAAGUACGGCGACUCCACGAGCGAGACGGACCUCAUGCAAACGACGCCGCGCGUCUUUGAGCAGUUCAAGGCGGACGUUCACCACUUUGGCGACGUGUCAAAGCUGCCCACCCGCGCGUACAUCGAGCCGCUCGAGCUCGGCGAGGAGAUCUCCGUCGAGCUCGAGCGCGGCAAAACGAUUGGGAUCUCACUCGAGGCAAUCGGGAUGCUCAAUGAGAAGGACGCCACACGCGAGGCCACGAAGGUGCAGCGGCCAAAGGCGGACGGCGGCGACGUCAACAGCGUCGGUGCACCGAUGCCGGGCGUCGUCGUCGAGACGAAGGUGGCGCUCGGAGAGAAUGUGGCUGCUGGCACACCGAUGCUCAUCCUCUCGGCGAUGAAGAUGGAGACGGUGGUGGCGGCGCCGGUCGCGGGGCGCGUCGCGCAGCUGACGGUCGCGUCCGGCGACGACGUGCAGGCGGGCGAUUUGCUCGUCGAGCUGCAGUAA